UCCUUCGGGUCAACGGGUUGCCGCUGUUCGCCAAGGGCAGUGCGUGGCUGCCGGCCGACGCGUUCCCGGACCGCGUGACCAGUGAGCGGCUCGAGGCGCUGCUGGACUCCGCCGCAGCGGCGCACAUGAACCUCCUGCGCGUGUGGGGCGGCGGCCUGUACGAGUCCGACCUGUUCUACGAGAUGGCCGACCGCAAGGGGCUCAUGAUUUGGCAGGAUUUCGCCUUCGCCAGCGCCCUCUACCCUGCCACGCCGGCGUUUCUCGACUCCGUGGCGCUGGAGGCCCGCCAGCAGGUGCGGCGACUGAGUCACCACGCCAGUCUAGUUCUCUGGUGCGGAAACAGCGAAAACGAACUCGGCUUGGCUUACAACUGGUGGAAGCUCCUCACGACGGAACACCGCGAGGAUUACGUCAAGCUGUACAUGGAAACUCUGCAAAAGGUAGUCUACGAGGAGGACAUGUCGAGGCCCUUCGUGGGUUCGACCCCUUCCAACGGUUUGCUCUCGGAACUCAGCGGCGGCAUUCACGACAACCCGAACGACGUGCUCUACGGCGACGUGCACUACUUCGACUACUACUCGCCGCCUUGGAGCCUGGACUCCGUGCCGACUCCCCGAUUCUGUUCGAGCUUCGGGCUUGUCUCGUUCCCAUCGAUGGAGACGCUGGCCACCGCCCUUGAACCCGGAGACCUGGUGCUGCCUUUCCCGCAAACGCUCGAGAACAGGAUGCACUUAGCCAAUGCCAGACUGGAAACGUACAUGUCAGCUGUCGUCACACUUCCCAAGAAGGACGGCACGGAUCAGGCACUGAGGAUCCUCAUCUUGCUGUCUCAGAUCUACCAGGCGAUGGGCGUCAAGACGCAGGCCGAGCACUACCGUCGGCAGCGGCUCAUGGUUCGCCGCUCGCAGGGUCUGACCAUGGGUGCCAUCUACUGGCAUCUGAACGACGUCUGGCAGGCACCCUCCUGGUCCUCCAUCGACUACACGGGCGAGUGGAAGAUGCUGCACUACUUCGCGAAGCGCUUCUACGCGCCGCUGCUCGUGUCGCCGUACGAAGAAGCUGGGCGCCUGGUCGUCUACGUGCUGGACGACUUGUACCACGACGAGCCGUACGGCCUGCUUUUGGAAGUCAAGCUUUACCACUACGCCUCGCUGGAGCCCAAGACGUCACUCACGCACAACUUCACGGUGUCCAACUACGCCCACGCUGCAUACGUGGCCAACGUGUCCAGGCUGCUGGCUUCGGGGUCGUGCCACCGCAACAACAGUUUCUUCGCUUUCCGCCUGCUGAACGCGACCGACAACGCGACACUGUCCACGAACUUUCUGCUCCUGCAAGUGCCUCGCUUUGCUAAGGACAUCGCGUCCGUCACGCUGCAAGUUACCAAUAUCACUACCGACGAGCCUGUGCAGCGUGAAUUACCAUUGGCUAACGAUUCCGGGAACUCGAUUCGGAAAAGCACCGCGCCGACAGCCGGCGACACCUUACAGAGCAUGUCGUCAGCCGGACAGAAAGUCACAGACAACACUGGGUCAAACGAACACGACCUUCCGUCGACCGCCGAAUCCUUGGAAGGUGUCGGCCACACGUCGCUUCGCGAACAGCCAGAGAGGGAGGCUACCAACACUACAGAAGAGAAGUCUAACGUUCACGAGAUCGACCUGUCCACGGACGGCAUCGCGCUGUUCGUUUGGCUCUCGGCCGGCAAAAUCAGCGGUCGCUUCUCGGACAACGGCUUCAUCAUGACCGAACGCCGGCUCAGCGUCACUUUCACGAGUGGCCUGUCUGUGACCACAGAGCAGCUUCGCUCCAACCUCACAGUCACUUGCCUGAACUGCCUGUCAAAGCACCACUACUCUCCUAUGGUUGAGGCGAGAGCGUAGGAACACUAGUUUUCAGUGAGGUUCAAGUGGGGAGCUUGCAAGGUUGCCCUCGGAAGCUUCCGCAGAUUGGCAGUAAAGACA